AAAACAAUCAGUUGAAUGGAUCCACUGAGGUGGUUUGAUCCUGUGACACAAGCACCUCAACUGAAUACUCACACAUUGCUAUUGUGCUGUGAACUCAUGGCCCACACAAAUUGGAAUACCGUUAUGAAAAUAGAAGGAAAUGAUCAAGUUCAGAUUGGGAGUGGUAGGGUGAUGGGUAGUAAAUCGAAGAAACCCAAAUCAAAACCUGCAAAAGGAAAGGAGUUGCCUGCCCUUGCCGAGUCAGAAGAAUUAGAAGAAAUCCGCAAAUCACACCGAACAGUCACAGACAGGCAACUUAAGGAUAUUUCUACCCAUACUAGGAAACAAUGGAAACCAAUGUUGAGGUACUUAGGUGUUGAAGACGAGGAGAUAGAUGCAAUCAAAGUAGAUGCACUUGGUCUAGGUGUCCCAGAAUCAAUGUACCAACUUCUCUUGUCCUGGAAGCGAGACGCCGGUGACAGGGCCACUGUCUCUAGGCUCCUGAAGGCGUUGGAGAAAUCUGAUAUGAAGGAACUGUGGACACAUUUGAAAGAGCACACUGGUGGCCAUUAAUCAGGGGCAGUGUUUUUAGUGGGGGGUUGUGGGGGGGGGGGUUGGGGUGGGGGGGGGGGGGGGGGGUGGUCGACUGAGUGUCCUGCAGUCCUGCCCUGUUUAUAUGUCGUGCCGUUGUUUGGUUGGUUCAUUGGGCUAUUUUUCUCGUGACUGCGAGUUCUUCUCCUUGACCUUUCCAUCUCUGUAUUUAAAAAAGGAGAUUUAACUUAUUCAACUUAAUGGAAAUUUGUGAAGAAACUUUGUAUUUGCGAAUAGGAAUGGGUUUAAAGCGUACUGCUAAUUAUAUGUUUUGAUAUAUGUACGCUAAUUCAUCAGGGCCAGUUUGACGCAAACGCACCACACCAUACCGGUAUUAUCGACUAACACAUUACAAGAUGAAUAUACUUGUGUAUCAAGUACAUUUUAUUGUUUAGCAUAAUCAGUGACCGAGUUUAAAAGCUUCAGUUUGAGCUACCAUAAACAUUAUGGCGAUUAGAAACACAUUUAACACAAAACCAGUUAGUGGUAUUCUAAAUACGAACAUUUAUUUAAUGUGUAAUUUUAGUCGUUAAAAAGGUUUUCUAUUAAUAAAAAAAACAUGUUACAAUGAAUAGACGUCAACUCGGGGAUAGUCUGUGAGCGGUCCCGUCUUUUCAGUGUUGAUUUCCCGAACACUGCUUUUGUGUGUAACGUGCACAUUCAGAGCAGGCAGUUGUAGCGCACGCCUGUCAUGGGCGCAGGUGUCAAUGUACGCCGGCUCCUUCGUCCAGGACAUGAAAGGGGUUGGGGUUGGUGUGAGGAGGGACCGCCCGCGCUGGCAAGUGCAAGAGAGCACAAGCAGCCCAACUAGGGUAUUGAAUUUUGAAUCUCCCAUAAAAUUAAGUUCAAAAUGUUUAAUUUUGCGCAGUUUUCUUGAGGUAAUUUGGCGCAUGAUUUGAAACGGUUCAUUGAAAGUAAAUUUGAGAAGCCAUUCGAGUAGUUUACACUUAGUUUGUCGAAUUAUAGCUCACACUGGAACGUUUCCUAUUGGGGUCCGUCGUGGUUGGUUUCCCCAAAAUUAACUUGAUUUUCUUUCAUCAUUACAUAGACAUUCCUCCUGUGUGCUGUACUGAGUUAGCAUAUUACACUGGCGUAGCCACAAGGUGCAUGGGGGAGGCGGUGUGUGUGUGUGGGGGGGGGGGGGCAUAUCCCAUCAAUCUCACCUCUCUUUUUUUCAUCACCACAUAAUAUAUACUUCUGACGCCCUUUUACGCCAUAACACGACUCAUCGGCAGUGAGGGUUGUUCCGCCAAUAUAGAAAAAUCCUGGUUACGCCAAUGGUGCCUUAAAAUGAUCUAGAUGUUUAGUAUAAUUCUCACAUUAUUAAAUGGCGAAAUUCAGUACCUGUCCAAAAAUAGGGGGCUGGGCUCCCUAAAUCCGCCCCUGAUUUCUUUGAGAUAAAGAGUUGACUACGGAUGCAUAAUAUUGAUUUUUUUAUUAUAAGAUUUUUAUAGUUUCAAAUUGUUGUUAAGUUAGGCUUUUAUACUUGGAAUUUUGACUACACAAGUCAUUAAAAUAUAUAUUGCAAUAGUC